GGCUAACACAAAUGAUUAUGCUAUUGCAGGUUGAUAUAUAUUUAUUUAAUGGUGAAUUAUAUGAAGGUCAAGUCUUGUUCUAUGACUUUUGUUAUAAUGUAGCAACUAUCAAGAUCAUGUCUAGCAAAUUUUUGUCAACUGCAAGUAUUCGUGAUGUUACUAAUUCUUUAGAAUUAGUUUCGAAGAAGCCUGUACUAAGCCGAUGUCAGCAUUUACCAAAUACUUCUACGCCCUUCAAUCUCAGUCCCGGGAAGCUUGUAAUAGCUUUAGGCCGUGAUUGUGGGGAUCGUUAUGACAUCAUGGCUUCUCCUGGUGUAUUUAGGUACUGGGGAAACAAGACUAUCAAAGGUCAUAAAUUACAGUUCAUCAUACCUGAAUAUAAUAUCAGCACACAGUGCUCAAGAUUGUUGUCACGAUUACGAAGAACUUUUCAUGACGAGCUGUGUGGUUAGUAAGCUUGCUGUUGGGGGACCCCUUGUCAAUUGCGACGGAGAAGUCAUUGGUGUCAACUUCUUCAUCUGCCCAUUUGCUACAUUUGUACCAAUUACUAUAGUUUGGAAAUGUUUGGAGAACUUGAAGAGAAAUGGGCAGGUUCCACAACCUUGGCUUGGGGUGCGAGUUGGAAAUCUUUACACAGCUAACUUAGAUACGUUGGAUGAACUGUAUCAGAAGUUUCCCGAUGUGUCCAGAGGAGUCAUAGUUGAAGAGCUCACUGGAAAGAUUAACAUUCAUGCCCAGAGGAAGCGAACAAAGGUGCACCAUUCGAUUUUCUGGUCAACGGGGAAAUGGCUUACGGCAAAAGCUAUGCUUCAAAAAAGAAAGAGGUCCAAAACAAUGACGAGAACAAGGAAAACUACAUCAAGGGCGAAGAAGAGGAGGCAGUUGGUGCGAAAGUCUUCUGCCAGUGUUGCUGGUCUAUGCAUUGGUGAUGUUAUAAUCAAAUGUGGUGAAACUGAAAUUGGGAGCCAGCUUGAGCUGGUUGAUGCAUUGUGGGACAAAGAAGGGAAAUCAGUGAAGUUGGAAAUUGUAAGACCAAGCGUAGGGCACAAAAAUGUUACCUUGACUGUCGGUACCCGGCCUGAGAUGCCCAGGUGGCUUCUUUAAGUGCAGGAAAAUGGGCCUAUAUUUUUAUGAAAAGCAGCUAAUUUUUGUAGGAUACAACUCGGAGACUCAUUUAACAAGUUUGACAAGCCAAAUAAACUAUGCCUUCAGGAUGGGAAAUUUUGUUUUGGAGUGCCCAAGUACUUACCAUCGCAUGCCCAGUUCAUCAACUUUCGGAUGGAUUAGUGGCAACUAUUUUUUUUUUUUACCAAAAAGCCAACUAAUUUUUUUUGGGUUCAUUGACGGAGGUGGGUUUUGGUCGGG